UGCAGAUUGAGCCUCCUUGAUGGGCCAGCAGAGGGUAAGCUGCAGCUGACAUCACACUGCGGUAAUAGAAGAAUACGCGACAACAACAAAAAGUUUCCAGGCCCUCAGGAUGAACUUGAAGAACCUGCGGGAGUACUUGGCCCGGCUGUACUACCAGUACCUCCUCAUCACCGCCAUCUACGUGCUGGAGCCUUGGGAACAGUCCAUCUUCAACUCGGUGCUCCUCUCCGCCGUCGCCAUGGUGAUCUACACCUCGUAUGUGUUUGUGCCCAUCCACCUGUGCCUGGCGCUGAAGUUCUUCUCGGGCGUCUGCGGCGGGCAGCCAGAGAGCACCAUGGCCCUCAUCAACUGAAGGAUCUAUCUGAGGAUGUGGGGUCUUUGGCAACUCAAGCGUGUCCAUGGCUCAAACAUCCAGUGGCAAUCAGCACAAGAGUUUUACCAGAAAAUUACUUCCGGACAAUUUCUAUCUAUGGCUGUCCAUCGAUUUCGAUGAUGACGGAGA